AUGGCAGUGUCCUACCCAGUGCCCAUCCCACCGCACGGCGUGCUGAGGGUGGCGCACGAGGCCACGGGCUGCGGCCGCCGGCCCCGCCACCGCGUCCGCUUCCUGGAGCACGUGGCGGUGAGGGCGACCGUCGCCCACCCGCGCCGCGGACGCCUGUCAAUCAACCUCGUCUCACCCUCGGGAACCAAGUCCCGCCUCCUCGACAGCAGGCCGUUCGACCGCUCUGCGGAUGGCUUCCAGAACUGGGAGUUCAUGACAACUCACUGCUGGGGGGAGCAGGCAGCCGGGAACUGGACUCUGGAGAUCUACGACUCUCCAUCCCAACCGAGCAGCCAGGAAGCAGCAGGGAAAUUGAAAGAAUGGUCUCUAGUUUUUUAUGGCACAUCUGGGUUUCCAUACACCUCUGUGCGCCACCAACAACCACGCUCUGCUGAGCUACCAGCUGAAGAUGACCAGGAGUACAGCGGACCAUGUGACCCAGAGUGUGAUGAGUUUGGCUGCGAGGGACCAGGAGCCCAUCAGUGUAUUGGCUGUUUACAUCACUUCCUGAAGAACAGGAACAACACUAGGACCUGUGUGUUGGCGUGUCCAUCUGGAUUCUACGCGGAUAACAGAGGGCGCUGUAAGAAGUGCUACUUCCUGUGCGAGACGUGCGUGGGCAGCCGCAGAGACCAGUGCACUUCCUGUAAGCCCGGGUAUCACGCGCAGGAAGGAAGCGGCAGCUGCGUGUCCGGCUGCGGCGAUGGAUAUUACCUAGAUGGCAGCGUGUGCAGGAAAUGCAGUGAGAACUGUGUGAAAUGUACAUCAUCAGAUGUCUGCACGGAGUGUGCACCUGGCACAAGUCUGCACGGGAGUUUGUGUCACAGGAGCUGUGAGCCAGGUAGCUUCUACAGCCGAGAGCGCAAGGAGUGCGAGGCCUGUGACGGAGCGUGUGCCUCCUGCACAGGUUCAGGCAAGGGGGAGUGUACCACCUGUGCAGAGGGCUUCCUGUUGGAGGACCGGAUGUGUGUGCCCUCCUGCAGCAACGGAUUCUACCCUGUAAUGCAUCUGGGCACCUGCAACAGGUGUGACCCCAGCUGCCUGACCUGUGUGGGCCCCAGGGGAACCUGCAGCAGCUGUGUGAGUGGACUGACGCUGCAGUCGGGGACCUGUGUCCAUAUCAGUGACUGUAGAGAUGGAGAAUAUCAGGACGAGUCCGGAGGGUGUCGCCUGUGUGACCUCACCUGUCACCAGUGCAAAGGCCCCGAAAGCUGGGACUGUAUCAGCUGCACACCUGGCAGGGCCCUGGAGGAGGGUCGCUGUGACACCGGCUGCUCUCCGGGGAAAUACGCAUCGGAGGGGCAGUGCCAGCUCUGUGACCUCACUUGUGGGGAGUGCUCAGACGGGGGCCCAGAAAACUGCACCUCCUGUGAAAAAGAUAAGUCGGGGGCGGAGCGGUUCCUUUUCCGCGGUCGGUGCGUGGACGUCUGCCCGGAGCGCCACUUCCGGUCCGAGGGGCGGACCUGUGACCCCUGUCCCGAGAGCUGCGGGGCGUGCAGCGGCCCCAACUGGUGCCUCAGCUGUAACUCCUCCUCCUACCGUCUCAGUGAUGGAGUGUGUACGCGUCUGGAGUGCGGAGAAGGGGAGGUGGAGGACCCGGAGUAUGGGGAGUGUAUGGUGUGUGAAGAGGGGUGUAGGAAGUGUGUUCUAUAUAACCCUCGCCACUGCCUGUCCUGCACAGAGGGCUUUUAUCAGUUCCAGGACAGCUGCUAUAAGACCUGUCCUGCUAAGACGUACAGUGUAGAGGACGAGAUGACAUGCGUGAGAUGUCCUGAGACCUGCGUCAGCUGUGACGUGGAGGAGUGCUUCUGGUGCGAGGCCGACCUCUUCCUGUCAGAUGGCCAGUGCGUAGAGCAGUGUGAGGAAGGUUACUAUGGCGAUGAGGAAAGCCAGGAGUGUGAGCGUUGUCAUGACGACUGCAAGACGUGCAGCGGCCCUGAUGAAGAUGACUGUGACUCUUGUGAGGAGGAGGAGCAGCUUGCUGGUGGGGAAUGUGUGAGAGAGCAGGACCCCUGUCCCAGGAACAGCUUCCUCAAUGAUGAAGGUGAGUGUGAGUCAUGUCACUCCUCAUGUGAGUCCUGUUGGGGGAAUGAGAGGAACCAGUGCAGCACAUGUGGAAGAGGCAGGUUCCUAACUGCACAGCAGACCUGCGUGGGCAAGUGCCCGGUAGGCAGUUUUGGGGGUGGAGCCAGCAGACGCUGCGAGCCGUGCCCUCCUGGAUGCGCCCUGUGUGCGGAGACGGGCGUGUGCCUCAGGUGCCACUCCGGGCACAGGGAUCCCCUGUACCUGCAGGAGGGGCAGUGCGUCCGCCAGUGUCAAAGGGGGUACCCCGCGGGGCAGGUGUGUCUGAGCUGUGCGUCGGCCUGCUCGUCCUGCGAGGGCAACGCCACGCGCUGCCUCAGCUGCGCAGAUCCCUUCGUCCUCCACCGACACCGCUGCGCAGAGGACUGCCCCCCCGGGCACCUCCCCAGGGAGGGGCGCUGCCACCCCUGCCCCCCCGCCUGCCGCCGCUGCGCCGCCGACGACCUGUGUGAGGAGUGUGAGGAGUCUCAUGUCCUCUAUGAGGGAGACUGUGUGGAGGACUGCCCCGCUGGAUUUUACCGGAAUGUGGAAGAGAAGGCUUGCGUGCAAUGUGCCGAGUCAGAGCAGAGUCAGUGCCGGUCGUGUGCCGAACCAGGAAGUGUGUGGUACGAUGGAGAAUGCCUGAGCGACUGUCCUAGCAGCACUUACAACGAUGUUCACACCGGGGAGUGCAAGGAUUGUGAGGACUCCUGCCUGACCUGUGUGGGCCCGGGUGCGAGCCAGUGCAGCAGCUGCAGGGAGGGGCUGACGUUGGACGGUGAGGGCCGCUGCGUGCCCGUGCCAGCCUGCCCCCCUCCAUCCUACAGGGACCCGCAGGGGCGCUGCCAGCCCUGCCACAGCCACUGUGCCCACUGCUCCGGGCCCGGCAAGCUCAGCUGCCUGAGCUGCAACCGCAACCACUUCCUCCUGAACGGGAGCUGUUUGGAUGACUGUCCCGUGGGAUUCUUCAGAGACGCGCAGCUCUGGCGCUGUGAACCCUGUCACCCCUCCUGCCGCUCCUGCAUGGGGAGGCUCAGCCAGCACUGCCUCACCUGCACACCCCACCUGUUCAGACAGGACAAGCAGUGCGUGGACACCUGCCGGCCCAGUUUCUAUGGUAACGCGUCGACGGGGGCCUGCGAGCCCUGCGACCCCAGCUGCGGGGAGUGCUCGGGGGGCGGGGACGCCCGGUGCCUGAGCUGCCCGGACGGACGCCUGUACCUGAGGACGCACGGACGCUGCCGCCCGUCCUGCCCGCCCGGGCACUACCCGGACACCCGCGAGAGAACCUGCGAGAGCUGCCACCCCUCCUGCAGAACCUGCACAGAUAAAGGACUCAUGGCCUGCGAUUCAUGUCACGGUGGAUACAGACUCUCAGGGGGUGUGUGCGAAUCCCCUUGCAUCACGGGACAAUACCCUGUUUCCGAGAGCGCCACCUUGAGGUGCGAGAGAUGCGAUGCGUCCUGCCUGGCCUGCAGAGGGCCCAGCUCCUACAACUGCACCCUGUGUCCUGCCCUGGACCUCCUGACCACCGAGGGGCGCUGUCUCCCCUGCUGCGGGAAUGAGACGCACAACGAGAUGCCGGAGUGCUGUAACUGCACGGAGACGCGUGGGCAGUGUGUCCUCAGCACCAACUCCGCCCUCCACAACAUGGACGACUCCACGGGCAGCCCGACGCUCUUCGUCACCGCGUCCGUCCUGCUGCUCCUGGGCCUGGGGACCAUAUUCUUCCUCAUCUGGCGGGGGCGCUCCAAGCGUCAGCCCGACGACGCCGCGCAGGGGUACGAGAAGCUGGGCGGGCCGAGACGCCAGUCCGGCGACGCGGCGGCGAUGACUCGCCACCGGGGGCAGCCGCUGGUGGACCUCGCCGAGAGGGAUGACGACGACGACGACGAAGACAUCGUGUACAUGAGCAGGGACGGCACCGUCUACCGCAAGUUCAGAUAUGGCCAGCCGGGGGACCAGGAGGAAGGGGAACUGGAGCUGAGCACCAGGAAGUAUUCGUUCCCAUAACGACAUCUCGCUCUCCCGAUUUGCUUAUUUUUCCUCUUUAACGACAGCCUGGCGGUGCAGCAGUUGGCUUCUCCAGAGCACUUCGGGAUUCUGCCUUCAGCUUAUUUGCAUGGCUGCUUUGGGUGGUCGGUUGUAGUUUUGUUUGCAGACAGAUAUGGAAAUGCGUGUGAUGUGAUAAUGCCGUCGUCAUUUGCUUAUUCAAAAAUAAAACAAACUUAUGGGAAGCCGAGUUUUAAAACAUUGAAUCGGAGGUGAUGUUUAUUUCAGCUGAAGUCACAACAUGACAGCAGAGCUUUUACAUUUACACGUAACUUAGAAGGCCACUAAGAUCAGAAGAUCACAAAUUGCAAAUAAGCAUUUGAUCGGAGUUUACAGACAUACUGGAGAUGGCUUGACUAAUCUGAUUGCACACUUGAUACAAUGAUCUUUAAUAUUACAAUAAUAAAUA